CCCGCCCCGCGGCCGCCAUGCGGGCUGCGCGCUGGCUGGCGCUGGGCGGCCUCCUCGCGCUGGCGGGGCCGCUGGAGGGCCGGCUCGUGGGCCCGGAGGAAGCCGGCUUCGGCGAGUGCGACCGCUUCUUCUACGCCGGGACCCCGCCCGCGGGGCCGGAGGCCGCGGCCCACCUGAAGAUCUGUCAGCGCUUCGGGGGCGCCGAGCGCUUCGCCACCCUGUACAGCGGCCGGGCCCGCGCCCCCGUCUUCUCGGCGUUCCGCGCCCCCGCGCGCCCCCCGGCCGCCCGCGCCGAGCCCCGCUGGCUGGUGGAGCCGCAGAUUGACGACCCCACCAGCACCCUCAGGGAGCUGACUGAUGAGGCCGAUGCCAUCUCCUCUGUGAACAGCCUGGGAAGCAAGCAGGCCCUGAGUACAGAUUAUGUGGACCCUGAUUACCAAAGGGGACAGCUGUACCCAUUCUCCCUUAGCAGUGAUUUCCAAGAGGCCACCUUCGCUCUCACGAAUGCCGUACCGAUGAGCCCGUCCUUCCAGGAGCGGUGGUACACGAAUCUCCGCAGCCUGAUGGAGCGGGCCCUGACCCCGCAGUGUGGCAAUGGGGAAGACCUGUACCUCAUCGCAGGCGCCGUGCCCUCAGAUCGAAGACUUCAGGACAGAGUGACCAUCCCUGCGUUUGUCUGGCUGGCAGCCUGUUGUGCCAUGCCCGGGGGUGGCUGGGCCAUGGGCUUUGUCCAGCACACCCGGGAUGGUGACAUCAUAGAAGACGUGAUGGUGAAGGAGCUUGAGAAACUGCUUCCGUCUAACCCCCAGCUGUUCCAGGACAAUUGUGGCGAAACUGAGCAAGACACGGAGAGAAUGAAGAAAAUCCUGGAGGUGGUCAACCAAGUCCAGGAUGAGGAGCGGACGGUACAGUCCAAGAAGGACACUCGUCCCCUCUCCAGCAUGACCAGUGAAGGAUCAGCUCUGCUGCUUCCGGAGGCACCGGAGGAGAGGAGGAGCUUCUUGGGCAGGUUGAUGGGCUUCAUCACUACCCCGGUCAUCAGGCUUUUCCAGUUACUUUAUUACGUUGCAAUAGGCAUCCUGAAGAACAUUAUCUAUUUCCUGUGGUUUGUUACCAAGCAAGUAAUUAACGGCAUUGAGAGUUGCCUUUACCGCCUGGGUUCAGCCACCAUCUCCUACUUCUUGGCCAUCGGGGAAGAGUUGGCAGGCAUUCCCUGGAAGGUACUCAAAGUGAUGGUCAAAAUCAUCAGGGCCGUGCUCCGGAUCCUUUGUUGUCUGCUGAAGGCCAUUUGCCGCAUUCUGGGCAUUCCAGUCCGAGUCCUUGUGGACGUGGCCACUUUCCCUAUGCACACCAUAGGUGCAGUUCCAAUCGUGUGCAAGGACAUCGCAGUGGGCCUUGGAGGCACCAUCUCUCUGCUCUUUGACACUGCUUUUGGUACUAUGGGUGGCCUAUUUCAGGUUAUUUUUAGUAUCUGCAAGAAGAUUGGUUACAGGGUUACCUUUGACAAUUCUGGGGAGUUAUAGAACUCCAAAAAAACUAGUAGUGUCCAGUUAUAGUGAAUUUGAUUUUUUUUAAAGAGAAAGCUGGAAUACUUUGUCUUUAUAAUGGGUUUCUGUUCACUGUCAAUUACCAUUACAUUUUGGCCUUUGGUAGGGGUAUUUGCAUGCUUUUGCAAAGGAAGAUGGUAUAAUUAGGACUUGGCCAAAGAUAGAUGUGGGGAGUGAGAUUAUGUAUGUGUAGGUCAUCUGUGGGAUAUAGGCAAACUUCCAAAUCAUUAGAAUCUUUACUCACUCUGUUACUGGAUGGACCUCCUGAGAUACUCUGGUGUUCAUUUGUGGUAACUAGGAAUUACAGAGAAGGGAAGAGUUAGCAAGAGUACAACCUUAAUCCAAAGAGUUUCUAAGAAAAUGGAAAAGAAAUAUUGUUUCUGUUAUGAAACUUAAGGCAAAACCUAUACAAAUGUUGUUGGUCGAUUUGUUUUCAUUGCUUCUCUUUCUCUCCAACUCACCUGAUCUUGGUGAAGUACAGACAUGCUUCCCUGUUGAAAUAACUUUCUUAGGGAUAAGGAAUUUGCUAGAUCCCUGAGCUUUCCAUGACUUCCAAGGAACUGUAAUGUUGUUUGGGGUUUUUUUUUUCUUCCAAAGAUGAAUUUGCUGCAUUUUUCUUUUAGGUAAUGAUAAGGAUUUUGUGUUAAAUGUGGCAUAACAAAGUUUGAAUGCACGGGCAAAAAACUGUAUAUAGUACAGUCCUCUCGGGUAUAAAGAAGAGAGUGCAAGGGUCAGAGCCCUGUUUGAAUAGGUGCUGUAGGUCUGAGAACAUCCUUAGCUAAGCUUAGAUUAACUUGAUGUAUAUUAAAUCUCUGGCUAAGAAUGAGCUCAAAGACUGACAUGUUGGCUACCAUGAAAAUUUGUACUCUCCAACAUUCUAGAUCCACCUUUGUUAUGGAUCAGACAAGUACCCAUUACAGCAAAAUACUCUGACCCCCACCUUAAAUGAUUGUUUUGGUUUAAAUAUAUACAGAAGAACCAUGAAAGAAAAACUAUUCUAUCCAUCUCAGAAAAAAAAUCCAUAUCCAUAUAUAUCUAAGUUUAUGUAGGCAUAAACUUGAUUAAGAAUCACUGUGUCUUAGGAAAUUAUUUUUAUAGCAUGUUUGAGGUUAGAAAACAACUCUCCUGUUAAUGCAAGUUUGAUUUAAGAGCUAAUCCCUAUUUUUUUUGAAAAAGCACUUAUCAUUUUAAAUCUUUUCCUGAAAGAGAAAGCAGAAUCUUCCAAACCUUGCUCUGCCUUCCACAGCUGAGAUGGAAUCAUCUGGAUUUUUCUAAAGAGCUGCCAUGAGGUAGAAAUGGGGCAAGUAUAAAAUACUGGUCUUGGGGGUACAGGGUACCAUCCAUCUGAAAGUUGGUUGUAAACAGCUGGGAUCCAGAAAGGCAACAAAGAGAGAAUAAUGGAGAGAAAUAAUAUUUGCUGUGGGUAGGUAGACAAGAAAUAUGAGUGCCGUGAGCUACAUGUCGCAGAAAAAUAAUUUAAUUGCACCCAAAGUGGAAGAGUGGCCAUCCUGAUCAAUUGGUGAUACAAUGUUGGGGAUUAUGAACACCAGACUGGUCCAUGAUAGGGGAUGUACACUAGAUUUAUCCAAGAAUCUUAAGCAGUAUUUUAGCAACACUUCUGUUUGUGAGUGUGAAGGUAUGUGGCAGGGUGAGGGUUUGCCUUGGUACUGAUGGAUCAAGAAUCCUGCUGGCUGAAAGGAAGGGAAUCUUAGAAGCAACCAGAGAGAUGGUCUGGCCAAGCCCUCAACUGAUGAAGAAACUGAGACAUAAGGGGGCAGCAGGCUUGCCUUUCGUUUCUUUGCUGGCUGCUGGCAGAUCCGGAGCCAAGCUCUUUUCCGCCUGUCCUAUCACACCUCGGAUGUCACAUACUGUGGUGUGUGCAUUACUACUCAGCUGCCUCCCUGGAGCAUGGCAGGGUUUCUCGGUCCAUCAAACAGUCUAGCCCCUGACUCAUCCAUCGGAUUCAGCCUAUGUGAUGAAGUGAUUAGCCAUCCACACACAGCAUCAUGCUGACUGCCUCCUGCAGAAUCUGUAUUCCCUCAGAAUAAUUUGCAUACUGAUAGGCCCAAAGAGGGCGCCCAUGGCAGCUUGAACCCCUUGGCACCAUGCAAGGAACAAGGCAUCCAAACCGCUUCUUGAGAGCCAUUUGGAAAUGCCUUCUUUUUCACUUAUAAUUGUGUAGUGUCUUAUUUAUUUAUUCUUGUGUGGCCUUUUGUGAAAUAUGGGAAAGGAUAAUAAAGCAAAAUAUAUCCUUAAGGCUCGGUGGCUGAGCCCAUCCUCUCUUGACCACUAGGUUGGCUGAAGCUCUGGGAUUUACUGGAACUGGCUCCAGCAGGUGGCUGGACUGUUCCCAUCAACCUACUCUGGGCUUCGAGGUGAGAAUUUAGACUAAUGAGCCCUGUAUCUAGCUUGAAGAUUUUUCUGUGGCUCUUUUAUGUUCUCAGGCCCUGGGGAGGUCAGCCAACUCUUCUUUAUCAUGGAGCUAAUUUCUAGUCUGUGGUUGAGCCACGCCUUGGGAUACUCCUCUUUUCCAUUGUGCCUUUUGAAUGUUGGUUUCUCUCUCACCAUUAGCACUUCCACCUAGAUGCAAACUAGGGAGUUGGGAGAAGGUACUAGAAUGAAGCACCCAUCAUUCAGUCAUUCAUCUGUAACACGUGUAUUUGAACAUCGAGUUUGCAGAGAUCAGGAAUAUGUGGAUCCCAUCUUGGAGGAGUUCAGAAAUCUAGUGGAGAGAACGCAUGGUGCAGGUGACAGCUGUAACACAUCAUGCUGAGCGCUGCAAGAGUGGUACUAGCAGUGUGCGCCCCGGAGCACGGGAAGAAAGCCCACAGAACCAUGGAAAUGAGGGGAGCCUUUGCAGAGGGUGUGACAAAAGUCAGCUUGACAUUUUCAGGCUAUGUAUAAUGCUGCACACCUUGUAAUGCUCAAUAAAGUAAUCAUUGAUAACUCCUUA